AUGGAGAAGCCCGAGGUCGUGAAGACGCACCUGCGCGACAUGAUCAUUCUGCCCGAGAUGGUGGGCAGCAUGGUGGGCGUCUACAACAGCAAGACCUUCAACCAGGUGGAAAUCAAGCCUGAGAUGAUCGGCCACUACCUGGGCGAGUUCUCCAUCACCUACAAGCCCGUGAAACACGGCCGGCCUGGUAUCGGGGCUACCCAUUCCUCCCGCUUCAUCCCCCUCAAGUAA